AUGGUGAGCAAUAAUUUUAAUUAAAAUGCUUUUGGACACAUUUUGAAACUUAAAGUUAAUGGCAAUACUGUAAUUUGCCAAUUAGACAACAUUAAUGUAAUACAAAAACUAAGACAUUAUCAAUUGAUGGAUAAGAAAGAAUUAAAAGCCUUAACAUCAAUAUUGCCAAGGACUCCAGAUCCUUUGUAUAUUCCUCCCAAACUCAAAAAAUAAAAAAGAAUUUGGAGUUUCCCAAUUUCAAUUUGGUUCAAAGAUUUUCGAUUUGAAAACGAAGAAUUCCUAAGAAAAUGUUUUGAAAAGGAUUGGAGUUGUAGCAAGAUCAUGAAGGUGAUUAAGAAUCCAGAUGAACUCAAUGAAGCCAAAAACCUCUUAUGGAAGGAUUAUAAGAUGAUCAAAGAAACCUACAGAUGGUAUUCCUCCUACAAUCCUACUGGAGAUGUUUGGUCAAUUUCAUCGAAUGUCAUUACUGAAUUUUCAUCAGCCACUGAAUUAGUCGACAAUAAGACGUUCAAGCUUUCAGACUUAGAUCUAAAAUUCAUUGCAACCUGUGCAGCCUCCAUUGAAUAUAAAGGAAAUUACCGUAAUCCUGAAAGAGCUUUGUGUAGAUAUUAAUUUAUGGAAUUUCUGGUUAGAGUUUCUGAUGACAAAUACUUGAAACAAAAAUAGGCUAGCUCUAUGUUAGAAUCUGUUUAGAUGAUACUCCAACAAUGUAGACCCAUUAUGGAGUAAUAUAAUGCUUAAAAGUGGAGAGACGAGCGUUAUUUUAACGAGUAAUGCGAUGACUGUCUCAAAUACUUUAAGCCAAUGUUGAAUUAGGUGUAUAAUCGAUUUAGUAGUAAGAAAGUGAAGCCAGGACAGAAGAAGUUUAUGUGUUUGGAUGAACUACACGAUAUAUGCGGUAUAGCAGGUUUAUUUGAUGAGAGAUUCGUGGAUAGAGAUGCUGAUUUGGCUUUUAAUCUAUCAAUGAUGAUGUAAAUAGAUGAAUUGGAAAGUGAUAGGAUUUUUUAGAUGUCAUUUAUCGAAUUCAUGGAAGCAGUAGCAAGAAUUUCAGAAAAGGUCUCCUUACCAGCUGCUCCUGAUAUGAGUUGGGAAUAACGCUAAUAAUAACCAUUGCAUAUCAAAUUAGAAAGGCUUCUUAUUUUAAUAGCCUAAACUUGUGCUUCUGAGGAAUAUAAACAAUAAUUUGGAAAUCCUCAAAAGAGUAUAUUUGAUAUCCAACCUGAAGAUGAUUGA